AUGAGGGGUAUUUGGGGGAGAAGAAAUGCUUUUAUCUUUGAAAAGGUUUUUGGAAGCCCGGGUAAAGUGGUGAGAUUGGCAUUGCUGUCCUUAGAGGAGCACCAGGAGGCUAACAAUAGAAGGGAGGCAGGGCAGGAAAUCAGGGAAGGGAAUAGGAUGGACAGAAAAUGGAAGAGACCUAUGCCAGGAUUAUACAAGUUGAAUUUUGAUGCUGCGGUUGAUCUAAAGAAUAGGAGGAUAGGCAUAGGAAUUGUUAUUAGGGACAGCAAUGGAGAGGUAAUGGUCACGGUAUGCUCCAGGAAGGAUCAUGUUAUUUCCCCUUUUAUUGCCGAGUGCCAGGCCUUAAAGAGAUCUAUAGAUCUUUGCAAGGAGCUGGGUUUUGGGGCUGUUAUGAUGGAGGGAGAUGCAAAGGGAAUGAUAGAGACAGUGCUAGCCAAGGAGGCAGACGAGUCUGAGUAUGGUCAACUGAUCGAGGACACCAAGAGAGCUUUUGCACAAGGUAUUCAUUGGUCUUUGAGUUUUAUACAUAGAGAAGGAAAUAGUGUUGCACAUAGUCUAGCAAAGAAGGCUCUACUUACAGAUACUGAGUUAUGUUGGAUUGAGGAAAGUCCACAGGAAGUUAUACAGAAAAUUGUAUACGACAGAAAUUGUAAUUUCUUGACUUUAUAA